AACCGCUUGUAGCCAUUCUUUCUGAAGACUUUGAAUUCUGAAUGAAUCUACUAUUUUCACUUGAAAAAGAAAUUCUGUGACAGUUGAUCAUGGUUUUCUCCGUUCUAGUCGAACAGUGGAAUGCGUUUUAACUUAGUAUAAAAAUGGACACAAAAAGGUCAAUAAAAAUAAAUGUCACCUUUUAAUUUGACUUUUUAUUCGAAAAAACAAUUAAUACAAAAAUAGCCUUGUUAUUUUUUACUGAACUAACAAGAAUGUUAUCUGGAAUACAAUUUGUUCAUAAAAAUAAAUAUGUUUCAAAGUCUUUAAAAAAAACUAAGACUUCACUAAAACAACGGGAACAAAAACAUGUAUUGUUUCAUGAGGAACAAUGUUAUCAUGAAGAAGGUAACACAAGUACUAACACUCAACUCGAAACAAAAGCUAAACGUGAAGAAUGGAUGUUAGGAGAUUUCGAUACUAUUUUACAAGGGCAAACAUACAAAUCGCAUCGAGGAACGCGACCAGUACAACCGAAAGGUGAUCCUGACGCCGUGAAAAUUCUUCGUGACAGAGAAUUGAAUCCUUUUUAUUUGAAUGGAGAAAAUGGUUUACCUUCCACAAUGCAACUCAAGUCUUUGCAGGAAAAAUCGAGAAAUACACCUACACACAUUUCAAAAAACGAAUGCACAGUUCAUUGUCCACCUCAAUUACUUAAAGGAAUUUAUGUAAAGCAAAAAAGCAAUGUAAUGGACAAGAAAAAAUUGUCUCGAAAUUCACAAGAGGAUAACACGAUUCAUCUGAAUAAGUGUCAACAUAAAACGACUUUACAAUUGUCUAAUAAAAAAGAAUUUGAAAAUCUUGCUCAUCAUCAAGAUGACGCCAAUCAAUUAGCUUUGAACAAGUUACGAAAAAAUAACCAAGCGAAAAUGAAUGAAAGUUCAAGAAGGGACAAUGCUGAGCACAACCCUCAACAUGAGCUCAAAUAUGCAGUCCAAUUAACCACUUUCUCCUCGAACAAAACAGGUCAAGACAAAUGGGAGAAAGUCACGACAUUAAAAACAAAAAAUUCAUACAAGCUAAGAAACAAGACGAGAAAUUCGUCGUUGGAUGCCUUGUGUAAGGAAACGCAUACGAGUAGCAUUAGUGAUUUGGAUACCUUGCUUGAAAAAAAUAUGGAAAGAUAUCAUUUUGAAGAAUAUGGUGAAAACCAUGAUGAAAUAGGACAAUAUUCAGAAAUGCGGAUCGAGCCAAAGCGGUUGAAAACAAUCCGUAACACAUCAGUUCCCAAUGGGUCUUUCAAUGUCGGUACUGUUCCGUUUUCUCGACGUCCAUCAAAAUGUUUCUUUUGUUUUGAUAAUGAAACGUUUGAAAAAAUACGGCAUACGUCUUUAGUUGCCGUGUCACAACAGGCAUAUUUAUGUUAUCAAAGUUUCAAGCAGUGUGUUGUGCCUUUUCAUCUCUUUAUAAGCCCCAAGAAACACGUAGGGUCGUCAGCGAAUUUGGAGGAAAAUGUGUACCAAGAAAUUCGUAAUUUUCAAAAAUCAUUAGUAGCUUGUUUAGACGCCCAAAAUAUUGGAGUCGUUUUCAUUGAAAGUAUGACGUACAAUGUGGAGAAGGAGAAACAAUUUUUAGGUGGAGGAAGCCAUCUUGUUAUUGAUUGUUUAGGUAUUCCUGUGGAAAAUUUUGAAGAUUGCAAGAUAUAUUUUUAUAAAGCAUUGUCGGAGUAUGGUGAUGAAUGGUCUCAAAAUAAAAAGUUGAUUCCUGUACCGACAUCCAGUCAAGGAUGUCGAAAGAUUUUACCUAAAAACUUUCCUUAUUUCUACGUUAAUUUCGGUUUAGGUGAAGGGUACCUACAUUUGAUAGAAGACAAUCAUUUCAGCAAAUCUUUUGGCAUUGAAAUAAUCAAAGGUAUCAUGGAAACGGAUAGAUUUACUACUUGUUUUUCAUCCACAGUGGAUUUACAAAAUACUAUUCUAUCUUUUAAGAAGAAGUACGAAAAGUACGAUUGGACACAAUCCAGAUAUCACGUAUAAAGAUUCGAAUCAUCCAGUUUUUUUUUUUUAAACCAUAAAGCGUUUGGCAUGAUGUCUAAAGUGAACCAAAAAAAAAAAAUAUAUUUUUAUAUUGAAAAGGAUAUGGAUAUUUCUAUACAUUUAAAUCAAAAAAUAAAAAAUUUGGAAGUAAACAUGUAGGAUAAAGGUCUGUGUAAUGGUUUAUUUUUAUUAGACGCAGUCAACAUAUAAACGUUUUCAUAAAACACGUUCAUUUAUCAACAUAUUUUUUUUGUUCAGUGCUAUU